AUGGAUCCCCGCAAUGCGGAGGCAGAUAUAACUGAACUGACUCAAUUAGUCCUGACGACACUCAACCAUUCAAUCAUCAUUCGAGAACUCACAAUGUACUACGAACCGGGAGUGACUGACCAUAACCUCCCCCAUGAUCCAUUCAAGUUCAACAAUCUAACUUUCGACCCGCCGUACGUGAUGUUCUCGUCGAACCAGACGGUCGAGGGCGGUCGCAAAGACACCGUGAUCAACGCCGAGACCACCGGCCAGUUUGUCUGGAACCUGGCGACGUGGGAUCUGCGCAAGGCUGUCAACGUCUCUGCGCAGCAGUUCCCCUACGGCGUGGACGAGUUUGCGCACGCCGGCGUCACUAAGGAGCUGGCCACCACCAUGGACGUGCCCAUGGUGGCCGAGUCGCCCGUCAAGUUCGAGUGUCGCUACCACUCGACUGUGCGGCUGCCCGGCAAUCCGCCCAUGGGGUCGGUGGACGUGGUGAUCGGGCGGGUGGUUGCGGUGCACAUCAAGGACGAGGUGCUGACCGACGGGAAGCUAGACAUACGCAAGACGCUGCCAAUUGCGCGCUGCGGGUAUUAUGAGUAUGCGGUGAUUCGGGAAACGUUUGACAUGGUGAUCCCGGGCAUGUCGGCGGACGUGCUGUAUGGACUGGAGGGGGAUGCAAAGAAGAACCAGGAGCGGGGAAAGACUACCGAAUCGAGCCAGAAUUAA